AUAAAAUGCCCAAACGGGAUCUCUGAUGCUUCCCUCUACUUCUUUUCAAAAUCUCUCUCUUGUCGCUGUACAUUCUGCAACUUUUCUAGGGUUCUUUCUUAAGGGUUUAUCAGUGGUCACUUUACUAAGGUAGCUUCAAUGUCUACAUUUGGCGCUUCAUCUUCGGCGAACUUAAAUCCAAACAAGUCUGUUGAGGUGGUACAACCUCCCAGUGAUUCUGUGUCGAGCCUUAGUUUCAGUCCCAAGGCCAAUGUGCUAGUUGCAACUUCUUGGGAUAACCAGGUACGAUGUUGGGAGAUAAUGCGUAACGGGACUACUGUUGGCACUGUGCCCAAAGCAUCAAUAUCACAUGAACAGCCGGUUCUAUGCUCUACUUGGAAGGAUGAUGGCACAACUGUCUUCUCUGGAGGUUGUGACAAGCAAGUAAAGAUGUGGCCGUUAUUGUCUGGAGGACAACCGGUAACCGUGGCCAUGCAUGAUGCUCCCAUCCGGGAAAUUGCUUGGAUCCCAGAGAUGAACCUCUUAGUCACAGGAAGCUGGGACAAGACUCUUAGGUACUGGGAUUUGAGACAGUCAAAUCCAGCACAUAGUCAACAGCUUCCUGAUCGUUGCUAUACACUUUCCGUAAGACAUCCUCUGAUGGUUGUUGGAACUGCAGAUAGAAACCUUAUAGUGUUCAACUUGCAGAAUCCUCAGACUGAGUUCAAGAGAAUUGCGUCACCCCUCAAGUACCAGACAAGAUGUGUUGCGUCGUUUCCUGAUCAGCAAGGUUUCUUGAUUGGCUCAAUUGAAGGUAGGGUUGGUGUACAUCACCUUGAUGAUUCACAACAAAGUAAGAACUUUACUUUUAAAUGCCACAGAGAGGGCAAUGAGAUAUACUCAGUCAACUCGCUGAGUUUUCAUCCGAUGCAUCACACAUUUGUAACUGCGGGAUCAGAUGGUGCUUUCAAUUUUUGGGACAAAGAUAGCAAGCAAAGACUGAAGGCUAUGUCAAGAUGCAGUCAACCUAUACCUUGCAGUACCUUCAACAAUGAUGGCUCAAUAUUUGCAUAUGCUGUUUGUUAUGAUUGGAGUAAGGGUGCAGAAAAUCACAAUCCAUCAACAGCAAAGACCAAUAUUUUCUUGCACUUACCACAGGAGUCUGACGUUAAAGGCAAACCUCGUAUUGGUAAUAGUGGUAGAAAGUGA